GGUUAGUCCAAUCAGCGGUGCCGUCAAGAGCGGAAGUGUGAUGGCGGCGGACGGAGAGAGACGCGAUGCGCGUGCAGAAAGUAAACAGGAGAAGCGCAGUAACCAGAUUUCUCAUCAUGGUGGACACCGGGAUGUGUUCAAAGACUGCAUUGGCUCUAUUAUGGAGUCACUCGCUGAGCUUGGCGCAAAGUUAAAAGUGGGUGAUAAAGUGUUGAGCAUAAGUGCCAGUGUCAACAAUGUCUCUGAGCUUCAGCCUUCUCACGUGUACACCUGUUUACAACAGCACAUCUCCAAAUUACAGUCAGUCUCUGAAAAUCUGAAGCAAAUGGUGGAGGCGGAAAGUCACUCCAAUCCAGGCAACAGUGACAGGAAAGAAAGAGCAGAUACAUCUGAACAGAUGUUGGUUGACUCAGAGCAUGUUACUCCUACAUCUGACCACUGUAUUGCCCUUGAGGAUCGUAAUAAGACCCAAGUUGAUGAUAAUGUGCAGAUCAAGGCUGCUAACUCAGAGAUUGAACGCAGGAUAUCUGCAUUUAUAGAGCGCAAACAGCUGGAGAUCAAUGAAAACAAUGUGAGGGAGUUUUGCAACGUGAUCGACUGCAAUCAGGAAGACAGCUGUGCAAGAACUGAUGCAGUCUUCACACCAUAUCCUGGUUUCAAGAGUCACGUCAAAGUGACACGUGUUAUAAAUACAUAUGGACCUCAGACCAGAGGGGCACGGGCUGAGUUAGGAGACCAGCCGCAGGGGUCCAUCAGCAGAGACUGUGGAAACCCUGCCAUUGAGGAGAGGCUCCAUAACAUGGAGUCUCACCUGAAACUUCCACCAACGGGUCCAGUUCCUCAAAGCGUUUAUCAGCGGCUAAAGAAACUUGAAGAUCGAAUUCUGGAGCUCGAGGGUCUUUCGCCAGAGUACUUCCACUCCACAAAUUACUCUCACAAACGACCUAAAGCCUCAAUGUCGCAGAACUACAGUCUCGCUGAGCUGGAUGGGAAGAUAAGUGCUGUCAAAGCUGCCUUGAUGAAGAAAUCCAGCGAGUUCCAGCCCACAGACGCAGGAGAGUUUCCAUACUGACGUGGACUUUUGCUUUAAAUAUUUUCUACCUUCUCUUCAUGAGUUUCUUCACUUUUGGUCAUGUAUAGAACUGGGAUGGUCACAGAUUUAGGAUUUGUGUCACUGUAUAUUUUAUAUCUGUAAAAUGUACGUUUUGCUUUGUCAUACAUGUGUGUUGUGUGUUUUGGGCACCACUUAUGUAAAUAAAUGUACAUCUAAUUCAUG